AUGGAGAGUGGUGAAGUUUUUGGUAGUAACAAUCAGGAGGUUAGAUCGAUUCCUAAUUUGUCGUUCAAUGGGAUUGCUAGUCGUGUUGUUAACAUUGAUGGUAACCCUGUAUUACCACGUCGUGGUUCGGUUAAAUAUGAUUCUAAACACAUUAACAUGAUUGAUGAACUUACAAAAAUCACUAUACCGGUUGACAUGGAUAAGCAUGAUAAUGAGCAUAAGGAUUCUGGUAACCAGUACGAGGUGAAUGAAGAUGGAGAAUGGUUGUUCGAGUCCCAGGGUGUGGAAAACAUUCAGUCUAAAGCAUCUUAUGCGUCAAAACUUAAUGCAGGUCGUCCUAAGCCUAAAGUUAACUUCAGGUUUUUAGAAUCUCUUGAUAAAAUUGAUGACACGGAUGUAGACAUUCCGGUAGAGUCUGUGAAAAAGGUCCAGGAUAGAUUCACUAAUGUUUUAUUCGGAUACUUUCUAGGAAAAAGGUUGGCUUUUCCAGUCGUGGAAUAUUUUGUGACUAAGAGAUGGGAGAAAUAUGGGUUGCGUAAAUGUAUGAUGAAUGGAAAAGGGUUUUUCUUCUUCAAAUUCGAUUCUAAAGAAGGAAUGGAACAGGUUUUACAAGAUGGUCCGUGGCUUAUUCGUAAUAUCCCUAUCUUCUUGAAGCACUGGUCAACUAAUAUGGAACUGAAGAAGGAGGAGCUUAAGAAGAUCCCAAUUUGGGUUAAACUUCAUGAUGUCCCACUAGCUGCCUAUACUGAGGAAGGUUUGAGCUUGAUUGCCUCCAAAGUCGGAAUCCCUAAGUUAUUAGAUAAUGAAACGGCAAAAAUGUGUUCUGAUUCAUGGGGUCGUAGCAGUUAUGCGAGAGCUAUUAUUGAGGUGGAUGCUAGUAAAGAUCUAAAAGGAACGGUGUCGGUAGCUAUCCCUAAUAUAGAGGAUGGAGGUUUUCUAAAAAGUUCGAUCAAUGUGGAGUAUGAGUGGACUCUGCCUAGGUGUUCUACAUGCAAUAUCUUUGGGCACACGCUGGAGACUUGCCCAAAGAUUGUGAAGCCUAUUGUUAAUCAGGAAACCAAAGGUAAGAGUAAGACGGAUGAGCAGGGUUAUCAAGUUAUGGGCAAAAGGAAAUCAGCAAAACAUGUAGUCAAAGAUAAACCGAAAUUUGUGUAUCGGCCGGUUAGGAAUGAUCAGCAUAAAGCUUCUUCUUCUAAACCAAAGGUAGAUGGUAUUCAGCUCAAGAAUGUGUUCAGUGCUUUGGAGACUCCUAGUAACGAGUAUGAUGAUGAUGUCUCGGAUCAAGAUGAGGUUAGAGAAGUGGCGGAUGACACUACCAUGUUUAUGCAGAAUAAAACGAAUAACGGAGAGUCUCAUGUGCAAGUUGACAAGUUGAACGAUGUAUGUAGCAAACUGUGCAAGGGAUGGGAUUGGUUGUCGAAUGGAAACUUGUGUCAUAAAGGCACAAGAAUCAUCGUUGGGUGGAAUCCUAGGGAUGUUGAUGUCAUGCUCUUAUCUUCUACGGACCAAGUGAUGCAUCUUCAACUUGUGUUUAAAGGUUUGAAGAAGGCUAUAUUUUGUUCGAUGGUAUAUGCUAGUAAUGAUUAUAAGGAGAGAAGAGAGCUUUGGAAGUCGUUGAAUAGGCACAAAUGCUUUGUUAAUGACAAACCUUGGGCUAUUAUGGGAGACUUUAACGCUAUACUUGAGCUUGGUGAUACCCAUUUGGGAGCUUCAGGUAUCUCGGUUAGUAUGUUGGAAUUUAAAAAGUGUGUUUUGAACGUUGAGAUUUUUGAUGUUAAGAGUUCGGGUAUGCAUUUUACGUGGAAUCAAAAACCUAAACACGGUAUAGGUGUUAUGAGAAAGAUUGAUAGAAUCAUGGCUAAUUGCCACUUCACGGAUGUUUUUCCUAAUUCGUUUGCGGUCUUUCAACCUCAUCGAGUGUCGGAUCAUUCGGCUUGUGUUCUAAAGUUACCGGAAGUUUUGAGAUGCAAGCAUAAACCGUUCAAGUUCCCUAACUUUCUUACUCAUAAAGCUGAUUUUUUAAAUAUCGUAAAGGAUGGUUGGGAUGCUAACUUUGAUGGGGUUCCUAUGUUUAGAGUGGUGAAAAAGCUUAGAAGUCUAAAACAACCUAUCAGGUCUCUUCUCCGUCAACAAGGGAAUCUGCAUGAGCGUGUGUCUAAUAUCAGGAAGGAGCUGGAUGACCUUCAAAGCAAAGUGGAUAAGGAUCCGGAUAACUCUUCUCUUCGAAACUUGGCGGCUGAAUGUCAGAAAAAGUUCAUGGAGGUUAGUUUGGAUGAAGAACGGUUCUUAAAGCAAAAGGCGAAACAAAAAUGGUUACAAGUUGGUGAUGCAAACACGAAAGUUUUUCAUAAUAUGGUUAAGAGCAGGAAUCAUAUUUCGCAAACUCAAUUUAUUAAAGAUGCUAAUGGAAACGAAUUUGAAGGAAAAGAUGUGCCUAAUGUUCUCGUGGACCACUACAAAGCGUUUCUAGGAAUCAAGGGUAAUGUGACCAGCCGUCCUAAUAUUCAUUGUUUUCCUAGACGUAUUAGUGUCGCAAAAGCUGAUUUCAUGAUUCGUGAUGUUACUGAUGAUGAAAUAAAGUCUGCUUUUUUUGAUAUUGGGGAUGACAAAGCCCCGGGCCCAGAUAGAUAUUCGUCAGCUUUCAAAAAAUCAUGGCAGAUUAUUGGUGAGGAGGUGACUUUCGCUAUCAAGGACUUCUUUAGAAGUGGCCGUCUAUUACAAGAAAUCAAUCAUACAUUUCUGGCGCUGAUUCCUAAGGUGAACACCCCAACGUAUGUUACUGAUUACCGACCUAUCUCUUGUUGUAAUGUUAUUUACAAAGCUAUUAGUAAGAUUCUCACUAAUAGGCUUCUUGAGGGGAUUGAUGAUGUUGUGAGCAUCAACCAAUCAGCUUUUAUUCCUGGUCGUAGAAUAUCGGACAACAUCCUGUUAAAACAGGAAUUGCUCCUUAACUAUCACAGAAAUUCGGGUCCUCCAAGGUGUGCGUUUAAAGUAGAUAUUCAAAAGGCAUAUGAUAUUGUGGAUUGGGACUUCCUCCGUGCAACGCUUUUGGGUUUUGGUUUUCAUGAUACGAUGGUGAAUUGGGUUAUGAGUUGUGUUACUUCAACUUCAUAUUCGAUCAGCAUUAAUAGAGAUAUCCACGGAUAUUUUAAGGGUCAAAGGGGGUUGAGACAAGGUGACCCCAUCUCUCCGUAUUUGUUCACGCUAGUCAUGGAGGUCCUCACUUCCAUUCUUCAACACGCUGCCAGUACUCAUGCUGAUUUUCGGUUUCAUAAUAAUUGUAAGAAGCGAAAAAUCAUUAACUUGUGUUUUGCUGACGACUUGUUUCUGUUUGCUAGAGCUGACAAUGUGUCGGUGAAAAUCAUUAUGGAAUCGCUAAAUAACUUUAGAGACAUGUCUGGGCUCGUUCCAAGCUUGAGAAAAAGCACUUCUUUCUUUUGUAAUGUUCCGACUCGUGUGAAGAAUCAGCUUUUAUCCUUAGUGCCGUUUUCUGAAGGAUCGCUGCCAAUUAAAUAUCUUGGAGUCCCCCUUAUAGCCUCUAGUGCAAGUCUCGUUCCAAAUAAGCAAGACGUUACUCUAUGGCGAACCGAUGAUGGUAAACUGUUUCCGUUCUCCUCAAAGCUGGUAUGGGAGUCUACUCGUUCUCGAGGUCAUGAAGUGGAAUGGUCAAAGCGAGAGGUGGAGUCUCACGAGCAUUUGUUUUUUCAAUGCUCAUUCUCCUCCACGGUUCUGGAUGCUAUCAAGGAGAACUCUAGUUUGAAGACGGUGCCUAACAAGUGGGACGACAUCAUGAGAUGGUUGCUGCCGAAAGCGUGUUCCAGAUCCGUAAACUCGGUUAUUGCUAAACUCAUCAUAAAGGCGACUGCAUACUUUGUAUGGCAAGAAAGGAACUCAAGAUACUUCGAGAAUCAACUUAGACCGCCUGAAGUGGUAACGGGCAUCAUUAUCGACACUGUGAGGUUGAAGUUAUUAUCAUUCAAGUACAAAGACAAGCCGCAUGUCAAAAGAAUCUUGGAUGAUUGGAAGCUAAGCUCAGUGGAUACCUUCAAAGAGACCUGA